ACCAUUCAGGGUUCCCGAGUUCAUCAUAUGUGGGUUAUUCGGUGCAUAUUUGAAGGCUGUUAUUUACGCAUAAAGCUUGUGUUUAAGAUUACAACCUGGCCUCUUAAUGCCUGUCAGCGCAGGUUCCUCUCGGCUGUUGUUACUCAGACCUCUGUCGUCGUUAGUAUUGAGCUACCAGCUGACCUACUUUCUGUGCUCCCAGCCGCCCGGUCCUGUUUACGAGCCGCGACCAGCCGAGGAUGUUGGACCACUCUGACAUACCUGGAGCAUUAAMCGAGCAGCUCGCGCGCACCCGGGGGAUUUCUUAUUUCAUUUAAGAGUUGUGGAUAAAUCUGGAGCGUCACUGCGGACAUCAGGAAGCACACCGGUGAUUAAUAACACCACGUUAAUAACUUGUUGUGCAAUUUAACGCAGUCGUUCAGCGCUAGUUGAGCUAAGCUAGUUUCAUUUUUUUUCUUCUWAUAAAACAUGAUGGGACCGAUGAUUAAACUUCAGACCGGGUUUUUAUUUGUGGACACUCGUUCAGGACUUCUUGUUGCUUCAGUGGAACCGAGGAGGUGUUGGGCGACGUGUCCCUGCUAGAUUUUUCUAAAACAAAAGUUCCAACAAGGCCAGGACGRAUGGGCCUGUCAAGACUUCAGAAAGGGCCUGUUUGGGAGAAGGAGUGACUAUGGACAAUCUUUCUGACUUCGGCGGGCCGUGUUCGUCCACCCGCAGGGAAUGGGAUACCAACAGCUGUGUGGAAGAUGUAAUGGAUGAAGAUGAGAAGGACAGGGCAAAAAGGGCAUCCCGUAACAAAUCAGAAAAGAAAAGAAGAGACCAGUUCAAUGUUCUCAUCAAGGAGCUCUGCACCAUGCUGCAGGGCCAAGGCCACCCGCGCAAGAUGGAUAAAUCCACCAUAUUGCAAAGGACUAUUGAUUUUUUACAGAAACAGAAAGACAUCACYGCGCAGAAUGAAAUCUGUGACGUGAAGCAGGACUGGAAGCCUUCGUUCCUCAGUAAUGAGGAGUUCACUCAGCUAAUGCUGGAGGCUUUGGAUGGUUUCCUGGUUGCUUUAACAACAGAUGGAAACAUUAUAUACGUAUCUGACAGUGUGUCGUCACUUAUCGGCCAUUUACCGUCAGAUAUGGUGGACCAAAACAUCUUGAAUUUCCUCCCCGAGCCAGAACACGGGGAGGUGUAUAAGCUGCUAUCAUCCCACAUGCUGAUGACUGACCCCAUUGCUGCUGACUUCCUUGACAGUGAGGCUCAUACUGAGUUUUGCUGUCAUCUCGCCAGAGGUAACAUGAACCCAAACGAGCCCCCUGUUUACGAGUACGUUAAGUUUGUUGGAGAUUUCAAGUUUCAUAACAAUGUGCCUACAUCUUCUUGCAACGGGCUCGAACUGACGCUGCCGAGAAACUUGCAGUCAUCGCUGGAGGAGCAGGUCUGCCUCAUCGCCACCGUACGAUUAGUCACUCCACAGUUUCUGAAGGAUUUGUGUAACGUAGAAGAUCCGUGUGAUGAGUUCACCUCCAGACACAGCCUCGAAUGGAAGUUCUUGUUUUUAGAUCACAGAGCCUCACCCAUCAUUGGUUAUUUACCCUUCGAGGUUCUCGGGACUUCUGGCUAUGAUUACUAUCAUGUGGAUGACUUGGAGCUCAUUGCUCAGUGUCACAAGCAACUAAUGCAGUUUGGAAAAGGUAAAUCCUGUUAUUAUCGCUUCCUGACCAAAGGGCAGCAGUGGAUUUGGCUUCAGACUCACUACUACAUCACCUACCACCAGUGGAACUCUAAACCUGAGUUCAUUGUCUGUACACACACUGUUGUCAGUUACGCUGAGGUGCGAGCUGAUCGGAGGAGAGCGUUUGGUCUUGAGGAGCUGUCUCCACCUGAGAUAGCCCCCUCCUCUGUGAAGGCUCAGGAGCUGUACCUGGACAUCUGCUCCACUCUGAACCCCGCUCGGGACAGAAACAGCGGUGCACGUUCGGUGUCCUCCCACAGCUCCCGGAAAUCCUCCCACACGGCGCUGUCGGACUCUUUGUCAGCGAACUCCUACUCCGAGGCCUGCACGCCAUCAUGGCAGCCUGCUUCCAUCGGGCCCGAGAAGACGUCUGUCAGACUCCAGCCCACUGCUUCAAAGAGUUUGCCUCAAAGACAAAAUUCCUUUGACCUUGUUCCCCAAAUGAGCCUCCCCCUUUCUCCAACCUGCAGCAAGCACUCCACAAUGCAACAGUCCCCGCAGCAGCAGCCGCCGCCGCCGCCGCAGCCCUCCAUGUAUCAGCUGCAGCAGCCGCAGCUCGGUGUGAUGAACCAGCUGAAGGAACAGCUGGAGGAGAGGACACGCAUUCUGCAGGCUGACAUUAAGACCCAGCAGCAGGAGCUGCACGACAUAAAGGAGAAGCUUCAUCUCGCUAAUCUACAGAUGUUGUUACAGCAGCCUAUCCACAGUGACUUCAGUCAGGCCCAGCAGCAGCAGCAGCAGCAGCAGCAGCAGCAGCAGGGCCCAGGAAGGCCGGCCCAGCAGAAUCAGUCAGGGGUCAUCAGGCAGCACUCAGGCCAGCCUAAAGCAGCAGCAGCAGCAGGCUGUGGUGCUCACAGUUCCUCCCCUCACUCUGUCCUGAGAGAAAACAGCUCACCAUCAACACAGGUUCAGCAGAGGAUCACUCUGAGCAGGCAGUCUGUGAGUUUGCCUGUGCAGACAAACACGAGCCUGACGACGCCCUUCUACAGCAACCCCAUGAUGUUCUCCCAGACUAACACCCGGCCCCAGCACGACCCAAACCAAAGACAAACCAACAGCCAGUUCAGCCAGGACGGACAGCUACGAAUGCUCCUCAACCAGCCCAUGCAGACACUGGUUCCUACGAGCAGCGUCACCUCGCAGACCUCCCAGUGCAACAUGGGGAUCUCCCAGACUCUGUACAGCCUGGACCAGCCGCUCAUCGCCCCGUCCUUCACCAUGCAGCAGGUCAACUGCAACGCCGUCCUGGUGCCCUCCCCCGUCUUCACGUCUCCCAUAAUGAUCCCGCACAACACCUUCAUCACACACCAGUCCCAGUCAGCCUACCACCCUCAGCCUCAGGCCUCGCAGCACUCGGUGCAGCCACAGCAGUUCUUUCAGAUGACUCAAGGACUUGUUCACGGUGGAUCGACUCCAGCUUUCCUUCACACCGCUAACGUCCCGCAGCAGAGCACGGUGGGGUACAUCCAGCAGCAGCCACAAACACAGCAGGUGCCGCAAGCACAGCAGCAGCAACAACAACAACAACACCAACAACAACAACAACAAAGACAAUAUCAACAUUCUCAAAACCAGACAAGCAGCGCUUCAGAUUUCCAAAACAUGCUGACUCGGUAGCACUGAGGACCUUUUAGGAGCUCUGAGACCUGCCUCUGCGGCGCCGUCCUGCAGGUAGCGGUGCGCCACGGCACCCGCAAAUCAAACUUGGUCAUGAGUCCAGAGGAAGCUGGCCUCACACAGGCUGUACUGACCCGAGGUCCCUCCACCCACCGUAAGGUUUCGAGGAGCGUCUGAAGGGRGCCCACAUUGCACUCACUGAGACCGCCAGAACAAGUGGAUUAUCAAAGCUCUUAAAAAGAUGCUUUCACGUGUCUACUUGUUGAACUGUUUUUAAUGUUCGUGUCUGUUUGCACUUUGCUAACAUCCCCUACCUAAAAGUAAAUAUUUAUUUUUAUCCCARGUUUUAAUGUUCUCUCUAAGGCUUCAAGGUGAGAUUAAAUUUAAAUUAAAAAAUAAAAUAAAAAAAACGCAGAAAAACAAUGCCUGUUUGUSAAGCAUCAGGAUGUAAAACACUACCGGAGAGUCCCUCACAUUAUCUGGAAGGUCUAUCUAGAUUUUUAAAGCCUGAAUCUGGGACUGAAGAAGUACCGGUCCCAAAAAUCUGGAUUAGAAUAAGCUCAGCUGCUUCUGACGAGCUGCGAUUUUCGAAACAGGAGGAGAGGAAGAGGAGGAGUAGGAAGGGUCGAUUUGUGCCUUCAACCGUGACGCGUUCAUGGUGCGGUUCGAYGGUUUCAUCUGAUUACGGCUUUAAAAAUCCAGCUCAGGUCCAUUUAGAAUAAAAAAGAGGUAUAUUUUCAUAAGAGUCUUAUUUUAUGUGUUUAGGUUUGUAUUGGACAUAAUGCAAAUACAUAUAUUUUAGCUGGGUUUUUUUUACACAUUCAGUACUUUCUGAACAGUGUGUUGUAAUGUCCUYACCCUUAAAGAGUUAUUCGUCCAUGUUUUAUGACAACAAGACGUGAAAGAAACUUAUUUUUACACAGAAGUUAUGAUACAUAGUUUUUUUAGACACUGAAAGGUGGUCCUUAUGUGCUGUCUCCCCUCUGGCUAAUUGUAGUAAAAACACUCAAAUCAAACUUAACUGCUGCACAAAUGAGUUUGGGAGAGUUUGCAUGCUGCCUAAAAKCUUGAUUCUUGUUUUGGUCUUAUUUAUAAGACAAAUCACACUUCAGCCAUGACUCUGUCAGCUCUUAUAUUUCACUAAACAAUCAACUUUCACGUGAUUUUUGCAUUAUCUAACAUGGGCUGUAUCCUGUGAUUCAAAGGCUCCUCCAGUURCAGCCCACAAAUGCGUCCUCCUUCCCCCCACCCCCCGAUUUGAGGUUCCACUUUAUUCUGCACAGCCCAAGAUGCAUUGACCGGGAGAUUUUCUUAUAAUUUAUUUAUUUAUUUAUUUUUUGCUUGCUUGGCAAACGAAGCAAGAGCCAGGAGUAGUUUUAAAAUUAAAAUCUGGAGGUACAAAAAUGGAAAGUUCUCCCACUCGCCAUCAACAAAGGACCCGGCCAACGUAGACGCAGCCCCUGAAUUUGCACAAUUUGCUCAAAGUCUGGAUGUUACAAGUUUUUCAAGCCGUGUUCAAACCAUUUCUGACAAUCUUUAGGUGAUUCUGUAAAAGGAAACACGAGAACAUGAUGUGCAAAAACUUAAUUCACUUACUUUCAUGUGUCAGACAAUCCGUAGUACUCGAGUACUGACAGUUAUUCACGGUGAUAACAGAAGGAUAAAAGAAAAGACUGGAGUGUGUUGUUAAAACCUGAUUCAUAGUUUAAUCCAAUAUGCAUCAUAAAGUUAAUCAAUCAGCUAAUAAACAAAGUUAAAAUCUACCUUUUACCCCAAACUCUUGCAGCAAGGUUCAGAGCCGCUUCACACUUUUCUAUGUGCAAUGUUGGAUUUAAAAAGAAGAAUGUUAAUUUAUACUGUCAGAACWGGUUUACUUGUAUAUAGAGGUGUAUUAUAAGCAGUUUUACCUUGUAAUUUAUAUGGAAGUGAUUUAUUAUUUUUUUAUGAAAAUGUCCUAACAUUCCUUUGGCAGUAUUUUUUUUUCUUUUAUUACAAAUGUGUCAUCUGAAGUGUAGGAUUACAGGAGGUACCGUUUGGUUAUGAUGGUUGAAACAAACAGAGUCAGAAUCUCUCAGAAAAUGUUAUAAAAUGAAUAAUCUGCUCGGCUUCUGCUGCUCAGUUCAAACCCUCUAACUCAACACAGUCGUUUAAGUGCAAUUGUGUAAUAUUAAGAUUAUUUUUCAGUCCGGAGCAAAGCGACAACGACCWUUAAUCUCUUCACAAGUUUUAAACGCUUACAAAGGUUCUGCUCACCGCCACUCGAGGUGCCAUACACGACUAGAUUUAUCUUCUCUGGCUGACGUUUCAGAGAAAAUGACUUAAAAUAAGAAUUCAGGACAGAGUUGAAUAAAAAUAAUCAGCCGUUCUGGCGAUAAAAUUCUUUACUGAGAUWAUUUCUUCGAAACUCAAUCUGUGAAAACAAAUCUGCUAAUAUUGAAUUUUUUUUAAACUCAUCUGUCCUGAACAUGAGUCUUUUGGACCACGAGUUGCUUCACGAAGGCUUUAAAUAAACACUUUCAGUGUCUCUGAAGUUAAAAUGUUCUCGCUGACAGCAGCCGUUUAGUUUCUCCCCCCAGAUAGCUUCUCCUUCAUGAGUGAGUGUCAAUGUUUUAUUCUUUUCGUUUGAAGGUGUGUGAACUUGAUCACGUUGAAUUUGUACUUUUUUUGUUUUGUUUCGUUUUUCUGAUUUGUAACUAAAAGUCAGAUUGAUGCUUUGUGUGUAAAAGAAAUGCCAGGAAMCAAAACAAGCCUGGUGUUCAGACAUUUCUGCAGUUUCAGUGCAGAAAAAUAAUAAAAGAUUAUAUUGUAUAAUAGAAUGUUUWAAAAAAAGAGGCCACAUAGUUGUUUAUUUUAUAUGUCGGGUAGAUUGCAUAUGUAUGUUACAUGAUUGAAAAUUAAAAAGUAAUUUUGUAAGAUUUAAGAAGUGUCUUUUUAGAGGAGGUGAGGUUUAUUUUUCGGUGUUGCACAGUCACUUGUACGGCUUGUUUUUCCUUUCUCUGUAUUUACCAUAAAGAUAAGCUUUAACCAUUUUAUUGUUUAAAAUGAAACUUAAAAUUGAGUUUACACUCUAAAUAUUAAUUAUAAAAUAUUUAAAUUAUAUAUAAAUCAACUUGGAUAUUGUGACAUAUUUGGAAAUAAAUAUUUUUAAACAUA